AUAAACCUCUUCCAUGAAAAGGGAAACCCCGAACCAAAAAAAAUUCUGAGAAACCAUAGAUGUGAAACGUAGAAGGAUUAUGACGUCAGAGCCGAAGAAAAAUAAAUAUUGUUUUGACAGUUGAUCGACUGACUUUGAAAUUGAAUCACUUCUCUAAGUUUCUAAAGUAGAUAACAAACAGAUUUAAAGCAACAUUAUUAAUUAUUACUGUUUUAUUUCAUUAUUUGGUUAAAUAUUUUUGUAUUUGUAUUAGAAAGCUUGUAGACAGUCAUAUAGCGUGCCGUGCAGUGUUAUAUUUUUUAAGAUUUUGUCGUUUCCUUUUUUACCGUCAAUAAACUGAAGUCUUAUUUUGGAAAUAUGCCGAUUUUCAAUAUGAUUUCUAAGUAUUCUAAUGGGUCCGCAUUAACAGUUAAUAUUAUCAGUUUUGAAUCUCCUGUGGGGAAAAUUGUUGCAGCAGCAGAUGACGAUUUCUUAUACUUUGUAUGUUUUGAAGAUUCAAAAAAAAUCGAAAAGAAGAUACAGUCCUUGUCUGAGGAACUUUCUUGUAAUUUUCUGGAAGGAACAAAUAAAGUUUUAGAAAGUCUAAAGUACGAACUCUCUGAAUAUUUUGAGGGAAAUCUUAAGACUUUUUCUGUGCAGAUAAAGACAACAGGGUCAGAUUUUCAAAAGCAAGUUUGGGCCAAACUUCACCAAUUACCCUAUGGUACAUGUCAAACUUAUAGUGACCUUGCCAAGUCAAUUGGUCUCUCAGGAAGCUAUUCCAGAGCAGUGGGUGCUGCAUGCGGAGCUAAUUCUCACCUACUUGUAGUACCUUGUCAUAGAAUUGUGGCUGUUGGUUCUAGAGGUGGCUUCAGCAGUGGUAUUGAUAGAAAAGAAUGGUUACUGGAGCAUGAGAAAAAACAUACAUUAUAAAUAGAACUAUAUUUCUUUAAUUUUUAUUUCAUAAUAACAGAAUAUCAGUUAAUUGUUAACAUAUUCUCAGUUUUAUUAUAUUACUUAAUAAUCUUGAAUUACAUGUAUAAGCUACUGUGCACAAUUAAUUAGUGUACCUACCUCAUUAACAAUUAUUAGGUUAGCUGAUAAUGAUCAGAUCAAAUCUGUUGUCUGUUGUUGUUUUUGUGUCUAUAGACUAGUGAAGAUUUUGAUUGUGAUAGUAUGAUUGUUUGUUAUAAAUAUAUAUAUGUUGCUAUAUUGGAUAGAUAUAAAUAUAUACAGAAAAACAUCAAAUAAACGUAAAAAUAGAAUAAUUCAAGUAAAAUGUAUGUAUUAAAAAGGAUUUUGUUCCAUCAAAUAUUUAAAAUAAAUAGUUUCUAUAUAUAAAAAUAUUACUUAGGUUGUAUAUAUAAUAAGUAUCUGAAAAAUUUGCACAUUUAAAAUAUAAAGAUGAGUGUAAAUAAAAUGAGAAAAAAAUCCAUCCUCUGAGACCUGUACAAGUACUGUUAAGGAUUACACGAAGAUAAUGAUGGACUUUUAUCUGUUUAAUUUCUAAAAAGGUAUAUUACUUUUAUAUGGAAGCCUUUAAGUUGUCGUUGGUAUAUAAUAAAAAUCAAUUACAGAUAGGAUCUGAAUUUAUUUAGUGAAUAUCUACUUAAUACCUAUUUGUACCAAUUUUUUUAUCAAUAAAUUUUUCAAAAAAUUA